AUGCGCACCAGACCAGUGCCAGUAUUGAAUGUGCACCAGACCAGUGCCAGUAUUGAAUGCGCACCAGACCAGUGCCAGAAUGCAAUGCGCACCAGACCAAUGCCAUCUUCACGUCCUUUUUUAUUUACUCUAUUCACUCUCUUGGUCCUGAUAAUCUAUUUUCUUCUUUUUCCUCCUCCUCUUCUGUUCCCUCCUUUCAUUCUGUUAAUCAUCUAUAUUCUUCUUCUUCUUCUUCUUCUUCUUCUUCUUCUUCUUCUUCCCUUCAUAAUGAAUAUCUUUUUUCUUCUUCUUCUCUUUAUCCGAUCAUUAUCUAUAUUCUCUUUUGUUCCUUCAUUUCAUUGUGAUUAUCAUAUAUUCUUCUUCUUCUUCUUCUUCAUCUAUCUUCUUCUUCUUCUUCUUCUUCUUCUUCUUCAUCUAUAUGCCCUUCUCAUUUCUGAUAAUCUAUAUUCUUCUUCUUCUUCUGUUCCCGCCCUUCAUUCUUUAUCCGGUAAUUAUCUAUAUUCUUUUUCUUCUUCUUUCUUCUUUAUUAUUCUUCUUCUUCUUCUUCUUCUUCUUCUUCUUCUUCUUCUUCUUCUUCACCCCAUCAUUCUGAUAAUCAUCUAUUUGCUUCUACUUCUUUUUCUGUUCCCUUCCUCCAUUCUGAUAAUCAUCUAUAUGCUUCUUCUUCUUCUUCUUCUUCUUCUUCUUCUUCUUCUUCUUCUUUACCUUUUUUUAAACUUAUCGCUUCAUCUCAUCUAUUUCUGCAUCUGUAAAUUAUCUAUGCUGCAUACCGCCUCUCCUUACAUUGGUAAGCGUCUUUUCAUGAAGCUUUCUUCUUUUUCUUUCCCUGUUCUUAAGGUAAUUACGGUGUUGUUUGCACCCUUGCGGUUUAUUUGGUAA